GAUCCUAAGCCCGACAUCACAGACAUAGCCACACGUGACGCAGUCACGCACAUACCCACAUGUGACACAGUCACGGACAUACCCACAUGUUACACAGUCACGCACAUACCCACAUGUGAGGAUCCUAAGCCCGAAAUCACACAACCACCAGGCUCCGGUAACGCAGUCACAGACACACCCACAUGUGAGGAUCCGAAGCCCGAAAUCACACAACCACCAGGCUCCGGUAACGCAGUCACAGACACACCCACAUGUGAUCAUCCUCAGCCCGACAUCACAGACAUAACCACAUCCCACACUACCACGUGGCUGCGUUGGAUUGACCGCAACAAGCAUCUAUUGCGGGCGUGCACGACGCAGCCGUGGUUUAAUGCCCUCAAAUCGGAAUGGAAACAAUACCUGCGUGAGCACAUGGCGCAACACGAAGACAACGUAGUAUCCGCGCAGCGUGAAUUCGGUGCAGCGGCAACCCUGAAGAUAAACAAGCUUGACGCAUGGAAAGCAUGGGUAGCGCAACAACAUCGGCACAUGAGUAUGUAUAGUGAACAGGAGUGGUUUCAACACCUAUGGAGUAAUAUCGAGGAGACAGGAGUAGUCACAGAGGAAGACCGCAUGCCGGAACAGAUACGAAAGGUGCAAGGAGUGAGUCACAUACACACAGUAGAUGAAAAACCGACCACAUUUGUAACAGAACACGGGCCACCUGUAGAAAAAGGCUUACAAGUAGAACAAGCACUGGACGGCGGAUCAGCUUUGAAAGUGCGACAUUUACCACAACAGCAACUGCAUCAGCAACCUUACAUGAAAAAACCGUUAACCGCUCAAACAUGGAUAUUGAUCCUGGCAUUAGUCAUAGAACACUGCGAGGUCGAACGCAGUUUGCAGGAGAAGGAGUUAUAUGUGGAUGACGUAUUGGAGCAACUGUGA